AUGGAAGAAGUGUUGGUUGUACCCGAGUGUUCUCCAGAAUUGAAGCCCAUCGUCGGUCAAAAGUUCCAAUCACAAGAUUUCGCUUUUGCGUUUUACGAUGUACGGUUAUCCAAGCGUUGUGGUUGUAAAGCGAGCAUAUCGUUCAAGUUCUUCUCCGAAGGAGGACUUCCAGGUUAUAUUAUCCAGGAGUUCAACGAGGUUCAUAACCAUUAUAUGGUUGCUCGAGACAUCAAAGCAUACACACAUGAGUUCGACGUACAAAUGGUGUUGGAUGAUAUGGCUAACAAGAAGGAACUGUCCAAGGCGUUCGACGUACAAAUGGUGUUGGAUGAUACGCUAAUGAUGCAUUUUUCUGUGCUUGUGAUACGCAUGUAUUGUAUGAUCUUCACGCUAUUUACAGGAAAGGACAAUCAUGGAAGACCUGUAACUUUCGCCGCUGGUUUGGUGUACAACGAGAAAAUAGGGGCUUUUGCUUGGUUAUUCAAACAUUUCGUUGAAUGCAUGGGUGUUGCUCCAAAGAUGAUCGUAACAGAUCAAGAUUUGGGGAUGAGAUCAGCUAUUGAAGAGGUUCUUGUCGGUACUCGCCACAGAUGGUGUAUGUGGCAUAUUAUGCAUAAGUUGGCCACCAAGGUUCCGAACAGGUUACUGAGGGACGAAGAUUUCAAGAAAGAAUUCAAUGCCUGUGUCUUGUCAAAUCUGCUUGAACCCCACGAAUUCGAAGAAGAGUGGAAUGGAGUAGUGGAACGACAUGGCCUGGAAGACAUUGACUGGUUCAACACCUUGUACGACUAUAGGACUACCUCCAUAUCUGAAUCGGAGAAUAGCUUCUAUAAAAACUUUUUGAAGCCACGCGCCAACAUUGCGAAAUUCUACUUGAAUUUCAACAAUGCUCUGGAAUUUCAGCGGAAUAGUAGAACAAAGUUGGACUACCACGAUGCAACUGCCCUACCCAUAUUGGCCACUACCUUGUCGUUCGAGAAACAUGCUUCGACGAUGUACACCGAUAGUAUGUUCAAGAAAAUACAAGAGGAAAUUGUUGAGGGUAAUGAUAGAUGCCGCGUUCUGGGUUUUUCAUCUACAGAUAUGGUUAACACCUACAAACUUGGAGACAACAAUCGCAAUUCAUACUUUGUGAGACACGAUAAGACUGAUGAGUCAUACUCGUGCGAUUGCAAACUGAAUAAUGAAGUGAAAAAAAUUCCGGACAAAUACAGUGAAAGUAGAUGGAUGAAGACUCCUUUAGCUAAGGCUGUCCAUGGUCAGUUUGAUGACACUUUACCUACCAAAUCCAUCGGUGAUGACAGGCAAAUCAUUUCAAAGCAAGGGAUUUUGAUGUUCUAUGGUUUUCUUCGACGAUUUGAGACGGACAUUGAUGUGCUUCGUGCUUUCGUAGGUGGUGUUGAAGAACUUGGUAAUUCUCUUCAAUCUAGGACUCCUACAACGUCUGCCUCUGAAAAGAGGAGAAUGAUUGAAGAGUUUUGUGGAAUGGUAAGACCUGAAGUAGUUGAGGUCCAUCCUCUGGAUGUUGUCAAAACAAAGGGCCACGCUAACAGCUCCGCUAGCCGUGUGAUUUCGAAGAGAGAAAAUGCUAUAUAG